GCAUUUGUUGCUCUUGCAGAGGACCCAGAUUCUGUUCCCAGCAUCCACAUGGCUGCUCACAAGUAUGUAAUUGUAGUUCCAGAGGCUAUGACACCCCAUCUGUCCUCUUUGGAUACUGCAUACACCUGGUACACAUACUUGUAUGCAGUCAGAAACACUCAUACACCUAAAAUAAAAAUAAGUAUUCUUUAAAAAUACAAAGGGGAAAUGAGGUUGAGAUUCUCUGGAGUUGGAGUUACAGGAAGUUGUGAGCCGUCUGGCAUAGGUGCUAGCACAAGAGUGUGUACUCUUAACCACUGAACUAACUCUCCAGCACCCUAUUACCUGUUUUUAUUACCUUCCACAAAUGUAUAGCUAGUCUGGAGAAUAAUACUGAAAACUAUAGUUUACUUGUUUUGGUAAAAAACCCAUUUUCCAAAUUGUUUUCUUUCUGUCAUUCUAAUAACUCCGUGUGACCUCUGCACUUCCACUACCUUGUUAUAACAAAUUGUUGAUAGAAAAAUCAGAGGUUUGCAGCUGUGUGAGAGGUAGAGAAACCCUGAGACUGUAUGCCUGUUAUUGCAGCUUAGACUGCUAUCAUUAUGAAAAUACUCAGCCUCACCAAGGGUCUGAUGGGCUGCUUAGGCCCUAGUGUUUUCCUGUACACAUUAUUGAAUUGUCUAAUUUUCUUAAGUUACAUUUUUGUGAGGUUACACUGAAUUUAUAGGUAUUUACUGAGUCUCUAUUUCUUCCCCCUAAGGCAUCAAGUAGAAAUCUCAGGUCAAAUUUUUAUGGCAGUGCUUGCACAAAUACAUUACUAUCACCUAAGGAAGAUAAGCAUUUUUAAGAUAUAUUUUCAUUAGUUCUUUGACAAUUUCAUACACGCAUACAAUGCAUUUUCUUCUUAUUAAUUCAUUAUUCUUAAUAGACUGAUGAGGCAGAGUCUGUUUUCAUGGGAUUCUCUCUGUCCUCCAUGGUCACUGCAGUACACCUCUUCACCUGGAGCCCUGGCACAGAAAUGAUGUCAAGGUGCCAUGUGUAAGCUGCUCAUGUCCUGUAGGUAGAGUAACCUUUAGGUGUAUGGUACCGACCCCUUUAAACUUCCUCAGGGGAAGACACUGUGAUACAUUAUUGCCCCAGGACCACAUCAUCAUUCUCUCAAGGAAGACUUGACAUCACUACUCUGUCUGCUCAGGUGUGUUCUGUGUGGGCAAGUGCUUAGUGCCUGACCCAGCCACAUCUGCCCAUGUCUGGUCAGGGUUCCAUAUGUGCAGAGUUCCAUUACUAAGCACAUUCUUAAUUAUAAUGCCCUGCAGUUUCACUGAAUACAAAGUCAACUGAUUGUGCGCUUUCUUGACCCUGAAUCUGGCUUUCUUAGUAUGGUUUAUAUCUUAGUCUAUCCGGACCUAAAAUUUAUAUCAGCUUUUCUCUUUGGGGAAAAACAUUUUAUCUGGGGUAUGUUUAACACACAUUCGUAAUACACACACACUCCUAAUUGCAUUUUUUGUUUCUAUGAUAAGAUAUCUGCCAGCUUAAGAGAGAAAGGGUUUAUUUGGCUUACAAUUUUGUGAUGCAGUCCAACACUGAGAAGUCAAGACAGGAACUUGAAGCAGAAGCACAGGGAGAGCAAAGAGAGUUUGAAUAGGGUGGCUCCCACUUGAUAGAGACGAAGACCUCAUCGCCGCAAGGUGAGGCUAAGAUGAGCAUCACCAGCGACGAGGUGAACUUUUUGGUAUAUCGCUACCUCCAGGAAUCAGGUUUUUCCCACUCCGCCUUCACGUUUGGGAUCGAAAGCCACAUUAGCCAGUCCAAUAUCAAUGGGACACUAGUGCCGCCGGCUGCCCUCAUCUCCAUUCUUCAGAAGGGACUGCAGUAUGUGGAGGCGGAGAUCAGUAUCAAUGAGGAUGGCACGGUAUUUGAUGGGCGUCCCAUUGAGUCCCUAUCGUUGAUUGAUGCUGUGAUGCCUGAUGUGGUACAGACAAGACAGCAAGCCUUUCGAGAGAAGCUCGCUCAGCAGCAAGCCAGUGCAGCGGCGGCGGCGGCAGCGGCCGCCGCCACAGCCGCAGCCACAGCAGCCACAACACCAGCAGCUGCUGCCCAGCAGAACCCACCAAAGAAUGGAGAAGCCACCGUGAAUGGGGAAGAGAAUGGAGCCCAUGCAUUAAAUAAUCAUUCAAAACCAAUGGAAAUAGAUGGGGAAGUUGAAAUUCCAUCGAGCAAAGCGACGGUCCUUCGAGGCCAUGAGUCUGAGGUGUUCAUUUGUGCCUGGAAUCCUGUUAGUGACCUACUUGCUUCUGGAUCUGGAGACUCCACUGCAAGGAUAUGGAACCUUAAUGAGAACAGCAGUGGGGGUUCCACACAGCUCGUGCUAAGGCACUGUAUACGCGAAGGUGGACACGAUGUUCCAAGUAAUAAGGAUGUCACCUCACUGGACUGGAACAGCGAUGGGACACUGUUGGCAACAGGUUCCUAUGAUGGUUUUGCAAGAAUAUGGACAGAAGAUGGUAACCUAGCCAGCACCUUAGGUCAGCAUAAAGGCCCCAUCUUUGCCUUGAAGUGGAACAAAAAGGGGAAUUAUAUUUUGAGUGCUGGUGUAGAUAAGACAACAAUAAUUUGGGAUGCCCACACAGGAGAAGCCAAACAACAGUUUCCUUUUCAUUCAGCACCUGCCUUGGAUGUGGACUGGCAAAACAACACUACCUUUGCCUCAUGCAGCACAGACAUGUGCAUUCAUGUGUGCAGGCUUAGCUGUGACCGCCCCAUCAAAACCUUCCAAGGACAUACUAAUGAGGUCAAUGCUAUCAAAUGGGAUCCUUCUGGAAUGUUGCUAGCCUCCUGCUCUGAUGACAUGACAUUAAAGAUCUGGAGUAUGAAGCAGGAUAUAUGUGUCCAUGACCUCCAAGCUCACAGCAAAGAGAUAUAUACCAUCAAGUGGAGUCCCACAGGACCAGGCACCAGCAACCCGAAUUCUAACAUCAUGUUAGCAAGUGCUUCAUUUGAUUCUACGGUUCGACUGUGGGAUGUGGAGCGAGGCGUUUGCAUCCACACACUGACCAAGCAUCAAGAGCCUGUCUACAGUGUGGCGUUCAGCCCUGAUGGGAAAUAUUUGGCCAGUGGGUCCUUUGACAAGUGUGUCCAUAUCUGGAAUACUCAGAGUGGAGGUAUCGUCCACAGCUACCGAGGCACAGGUGGCAUAUUUGAGGUGUGCUGGAAUGCUCGAGGAGACAAAGUGGGUGCCAGUGCUUCAGAUGGCUCUGUCUGUGUUUUAGAUCUCCGAAAGUAAACACAAAAUGUAGAAAACCAUUCUAAUGGACCAGCAGUGAAUGUGUGGGAUUGCAGCAUCCUUCCUAUGAUGGGCUCUAAACUGUGUGAACUUGACUUGUUCGAGUCUACUUGGAAAUCACCUGUCCCUGGCCACAGGAUUCUUCCCCCCCACCCCACCCCUAAUCUGCAUCCAGAAAUUUAAAACACAAACAAAUACAAAGUCAUACACAUGGUUGUAUCACAGGAAUAUGGUUUCCACCUAAAAUGUUCAGCUGGGGAAGGAUGAAGCCAUCAGCUACAUGAUGCAUGGUUUGGUUUCCAUCCAGAACAGGCUCUAAUGACUGAACAGGGAAGGAAGAACAUAAAGCUGUGCCAAAAAAAUAAAGAAAAGGUUUAAAAAAAAAGAAAAACAAAAACAAAAAAAAUACAAAAACAAAAAAGAAAAAUGCUGUGAUAAACCAAAAGGGAGGAAAAACCUGCUCCUUAUGGUAUUUCCCUCCUGUCGAUUUGGAUACUACAGUUGCUCUCCAAAAGACCAGUUUGUACCAAUGAAACGUGUGACUUUGUAAUCCCAACGCUGUAUUUUCUAGAACCUUCUUUGGUGGUUUUUCUAUCUGCUAAAAUUCUGUGGUCUGGGGGCCUCCCACCUCAGAUGGAUACUGUUUUUGGCUUAUUCUUUCUGUCCUCCCUUGUUGUCCCCCCACUCCUUCCUCUGAUGUCCUUGCUCUGGUGUGGUCUCACUUUUAAUGAAAUCCUGCAUAGAUAUGGCCACAUGCACACAACGGAUCUUUGAUGGACAGCACUCUCCUUCCCUCUCGUCCUACCCCUUCCCAUCGCUUACUCUCUGUCCCUUUCUCAUAGUUGCUUCACAUUAGGUCCCAAAGGCACUUUCAGAGCAUAGUAAGUGCUUUAUGUAAGAAGGCAGGGAGGGGGACUUUUUACAGAAAAAAAAAAAGACUUAUAAGAGAAAGAACCUGGAGUAUUUUUUGAAAAAAAUAUUUUUAUGUUAAAAUGACUUUAAAAUCCUAAAAUGGCCAUCAGACAUAGAGAGUUUUGUGAAAUUCAUAUUUAAGAGACUAAGAAGACACUGGCAGAGUCUGAGGUGUCUAAUUACCCCUUUCCCUUCAGCUUCAUGAAAGGCAGUUAGGAAAACCGUGGAUUGGGAAGCGUCCUAUGGAAGAACAAGGGGAUUGUUUUGGCAGCUGGUGGGGAAGAGCCCCACCGGUUUGGCACCAAGCAGAAUGCUGAACUGUUCGAUGCACAUUUACUUCAGCAGCCAAUAGGAAGACAGUGAAGAAGCCACCCUGACCGACAGUGUGGCUCCAUGGCACCUGCCAGCUACUUCUUUCUCACAGCAGUGUAGCUACAGAUGGGCACUUUAUCAAGAGCGUGCUUGGUGAAUCUUGCAAAACCGACCCAAGGGCCUCAGUGCCACUCAGUCUUGUGAAGACAAUGAGUAUCAAGGGAGACUUUGAAUCCUAAAAAUGAAUUAUGACCCAGGUAGAAUGUCAUAAAUCAUUUCUGCCCACCUUACAAUUUCUCUUACAGAAGAUUAGGACAAAGCUUUAAAAAAAAUGAGGAAAAGGAAGUUUUUUUGGUUUUGGUUUUGGUUUUGGUUUUUUUUAACAAUUUUUUAAAAAACUAAGGAGUGUGCCUGGUAAAGUUUGCCAUCGUUGAAUCAGGUGACUUUGGUUUGCGUUUUGUCAUAACUUGAUACAGACUUUUUUUUUAAAUUAGUAAAGGGGGAUAGGUAGACCAGAAGGGGGCUGGGCCAAGUCAGUGGAGCUGCAAAUGGCAGUAUACAGGGUCCAGUCUACAGCUGAGGCAAAGUUGUUACUUAGAGGAAAGUAUCCCUAUAUGGAGCCAAAAAUCAACCAGCAGGAAGGUGAGGCGCUUCAUCCACAACAAACAAAUGUAAGACCAAGAACGUGAAUUGGCCUCUGCUUUCACAUGUAAAUUAUGUGAGCCCUCGUAUGCAGGUGUUGUGUUACUGAGUUGAGCUGUGUGUUUGGACUCUGGCACUUAAACACUUAGCAAAGAAAGCCUGAGUUCUGUGGAGAAUUUGAUUAUAGCAGGUGUGUCUCUGUGGAUAAGAUGUUUCCUGCCCUGAGACUGCUUUAGCUUUAGAAUAUAAUUUUGGAAGUCCACUUAAAUCCCAUCUUCCCCAAAUUUCUGUUCAUCUCUAUAGAAGAUCAGCUGUUAAAAUUCAGCCUAUUGUAGGGACAUGGCUGUCAUUUGACAGUUCCACAUUGCUAAACGAUGGUGAUGGGUAAAUGGCACAUAAGGGGUUCAUCAGACAAUCUCUGGGUGUCCAGGCUACACCCACCCAGAUGAAUCUGAGCCACAUAAGAACUGUUAUUUUGGAGUCAGUGGCUGUAAGACUAGGGCAAAAAGGUUCGAUCUACACAAGAAGAAACCUAGAGACCAUUUACUUCCCUGGCCUUGCAGCAAAACAUGGACAGGAAUUUAGUGCUGGCCACAAGGGGACCAAGCAGAAGAAUGCAGCCCACACCCCUGAAGUCCGUCCCCAUAAAACAGUUAAAUCUACAGCUGUUUCUGAAGCAGCCAGCAUUUGGACACCAUCAUUUGCCCUGCUGUCACAGGGCAUGUGCAUCAUCUUUGUGGUGAAGGGGUGGCCCGUAUGUAAUGUUGCUACCUAACAUUGUUUAUAACUCCUAAAACAUUGUGAGGAAUGGUUAAAGUCUUGUGACCAAAUUCAACCUUGAAAGCAGUGUAGUGACACAGCAGCCUUUACAGGUAUUUUUCCUUGAGUUUGAAGUAACCACACACCAUUCCCAGCACAUUAGGAUGCUGCCUGUAGAGGACCGAAGGGCCAGAUGGACAUUACAAGGUUCAACUCUCUGACCCCACUCAACACCAUAGGACUUGACUUUUUGUUCUGUCUAACUAAGAAAUAGAUCAUGGAGCCAAGUGAAGUGCACUUUGUCACAUGUAAGGAUCUGCUUUGUUCCUUGUUGCUUUUCCCUUUUCAAACCCUUCGUUCUACCUUUCCAUUCUGUUUCUAGUCAAAUGCAUAAAUGUUUGUUCCGCAGCUCACUGAAGUUUUGAAUUCUGGCUUGUGCAGUUUUUAUUGUCUGUGUCAGACGUACAGCCAGACAUGGUCCUCUUUCCGCAUCUUCCACAUUCUGUUAAGCACCAUCAAAACUCCCCUCCCUUUCUGUCCUCUAUUCUCCCACUCCCACUCACCCCUCACGCUCUUCAAGAAGUAAAAAGAAUCACCUUGUGUGUUGUAGCUCAUUUGUUUCAAGAGAGAAUCAACAGAUCAUAUUCCGUGUCUUGAAUAAAUUGCUCUAUUUUGAUAUUA